CUCACAAUGGAGAAGUCAACAAGACCUCACAUAUUGGUUUUACCCUUUCCAGCAGAAGGCCACAUCAAACCCAUGUUUAACCUAGCCAAACUUCUUUCCCACAGAGGCCACAGAAUCACCUUCGUGAACACACAUCACAACCACAAUCGCCUCCUCCAAUUCACGGACUUGCCAUCGUUCCACACCCAAUUCCCCCAUUUCCACUUUGCAUCCAUCACCGACGGCGUGCCCGUUGACCUUCCUCCGAACGAGUUUGAACUGUUGAUCUCUCCGAGCAGCAGGUCCCAGGUUGCCAAAGAGUUCCGAGAUCUGUUGUGGGGCUUUGUGGAGAAACCUCGCCGGUGGGACCCACCUUGUUGCAUCAUUGCCGAUGGGAUUAUGUCAACGGUUUCUAUGAACGUUGCUCAAGAGUUGGGGGUUCCCGUGAUUACUUUCCGAACCUACAGUGCCACUGCCACCUGGGUCUCGAUUCAUCUAAGCAAAAUUAUUCAGGAGGGACUGAUGGAUCUGCAGCAUCCGGGUUAGUAAACAAAAUUUGAAGUUUCAAUUGAAGAUAGCCAAUUUUUAUUAAGUCAACCCCUUCUUUCUCUCACACUAUACAUAAAUUCAUUAAAUAUAAUUUUUUUUU